CUCAUGUUAACUUAAUGGAUAAUGUCUUCAAAGACCCUAUUUCCAAACAAGGUGACAUUCACAGGUACAGGGAUUAGGAGUUCAACAUAUCCUUUUGGGGGACACAAUUCAAUCCAUGGACAUUAAAAGAAUAAAAAAAAUUAUGAAGCGGAAACAUGGCGGCGGGAAGGGAGUGAGCCUCGCAGCGCCCCGUGUCGCUGCUGCCGCGCCCGCAGAUUUCUCCAUCUUGCUAAGGAGGAACAAUGUCCUAUUUGGUAUAGCUGAUGGUAUCGUCCAAAAAUCAGAUCCUCAAAAAGAUGGAGACAUUAACAUGCAGAGGAGCUAACUUGCUUGAGGUCAGAGCAAGGUAUUGGUGGAUCCAGGGAUAAAUCCCAAGCCUCUUAACUCCUUGACCAGUUCUAGUCCAUCAACUAUGCAGCCUAGUGUAAUAGACUGGAAUGAUGUUAGGAAACACAAAUAUGGUCACCUAUCAGAGUCUACAUCCCAAUGUCAAGUCCUACACACCUCCAAGCAAUGAAUUCAAGAUCAGCAUGAAAUUGGAAGCACAGGACCCCAGGAACACCACAUCCAUCUGUAUUGCCACAGUAGUUGGACUGACAGAUGCCCGCCUUCGCUUGUGCCUUGAUGGAAGUGACAACAAGAAUGACUUCUGGCGACUGGUUGACUCAGCUGAAAUCCAGCCUAUUGGGAACUGUGAGAAGAAUGGGGGUAUGCUGCAGCCUCCUCUGGGUUUUCGGCUGAAUGCUUCCUCUUGGCCCAUGUUCCUUUUGAAGACAUUAAAUGGAGCAGAGAUGGCUCCCAUCAGGAUUUUCCACAAGGAACCACCAUCUCCUUCCCACAACUUCUUCAAAGUGGGAAUGAAGCCAGAAGCUGUGGACAGAAAGAACCCUCAUUUCAUCUGCCCAGCCACUAUUGGGGAGGUGCGGCGCUCUGAGGUGCUCGUCACUUUUGAUGCGUGGCGAGGGGCCUUUGACUACUGGUGCCGCUUCGACUCCCGGGACAUCUUCCUUGUGGGCUGGUGUUUUUUGACUGGAGACAACCUACAGCCGUCUGGCACAAAAGUCAUGAUUCCAAAAAAUCCCUAUCCUGCAUCUGAUGUGAACACUGAGAAGCCCAGCACCCACAGCAGCACCAAAACUAUCUUGGAGCAUCAACCGGGGCAGAAGGGGCGUAAACCAGGAAAGAAAUGGGGCCGGACACCCAAGACCCUAAUUCCCCAUCCCAUCUCUACCCCAUCUAAGUCAGCUGAACCUUUGAAAUUCCCAAAGAAGAGGGGUCCCAAACCUGGCAGUAAGAGAAAACCUCAGACUUUGCUGAACCCACCACCCACCUCACCAACAACCAGCACCCCUGAACCGGAUACCAGCACUGUGCCCCAAGGUGCUGCCACUAUUCCCAGCUCAGCCAUGCAGGCCCCCACAGUUUGUAUUUACUUGAACAAGAACGGCAACACAGGCCCCCAUUUAGAUAAGAAGAAGGUCCAGCAGCUCCCUGACCAUUUUGGGCCAGCCCGCGCUUCUGUGGUGUUGCAGCAGGCUGUCCAGGCUUGCAUCGACUGUGCUUAUCACCAGAAAACUGUCUUCAGCUUCCUCAAACAGGGCCACGGUGGUGAGGUUAUCUCAGCCGUCUUUGACCGGGAGCAGCACAUCCUCAACCUCCCAGUAGUCAACAGCAUCACCUACGUCCUCUGCUUCCUGGAGAAACUCUGCCACAACCUUCGUAGUGACAAUCUGUUUGGCAACCAGCCCUUUAUGCAGAGUUACUUCACUGCCACAGAGUACAGCCACAGCCACGACAGGUACCUACCAGGUGAAACCUUUGUCCUGGGAAAUAGCCAGGCCCGGUUCCUGGAACCUCACUCAGAUCCGAUGGACACUGCCUUGAAUCCCAACAACCUUGUCAGCACCCUAAGAUCUUCGAGCCCAGCAUACCGGCCCUUGCUUCCAUCCUGUGGGCUCCCACAGAGCACAGGCUCAGCUGCGCACAGGCUGUGUUGGGGGUCAGAUCGAUACCUGGAAUGCCGGGAUGGCUCGCGUCUGAGUGGCCGGGACCCUUCCUCGUGGACAGUCGAAGACGUGAUGCAGUUUGUUCGGGGUGCUGAUCCUCAGCUUGGACCCCACGCUGACCUCUUUCGCAAACGUGAGAUCGACGGCAAGGCCUUGCUUCUGCUGCGCAGUGACGUGAUGAUGAAGUACAUGGGGCUGAAGCUGGGGCCGGCACUCGAGCUCUCCUACCACGUUGACUGGCUGAAGCAGGGCAAAUUCUGAGCAGGGAGGUGCAUCCUAGACAACUGAGUGGUCAAGCAGGUGGGGUGCUCUUCCCCUGUGAAAGAGGGUGGUCAGCCCAUGCUCGGGUGCCUCAGUGGGAUUUCGGGCCUCCUCAAGACUCCAGGAGGCUGUAUGGAGCCACCACUACCCUCUCCUGCCAAGAUGCGUCCUUCCAUGAAGGACUGAAGAGGGGAGAACAUGGGGCCCGGGGCUGGCACUGCUCUUCC